CACAGAGAGACCAGAGAUAGAGAGCACCAGUCCACCAGUCUACUGACGGUCGUUCAUAUUGCCAGACAGUCUCGAUCUGUCUGACAAUCUUCAUAAAUAUGCAUAUUUAUUUCAACUUAUAAACGCGAAUCAAAUUUUCAAUUUUUCAAAUCGAUGUUUCAUAUAGAAAAACAAAUCUUAUAAGCGGGUAUACUUUUCGAUCGAAUAUUCUUUUUGUACUUUUGCGGGAGACUCGAGAACAUUUUUCGCUGAAGUGUUUAAACGUAAAUAUACAUAUACUUACAUUAUUAAGUAUCGAAUCGCGAGGUCGUGUGAUGUGCUGCUCAUUUCUGUUUUUCUUUCGUUUUAUUUCUAAUACACUGUGACGUCGUGUGGAUGCACCUGUGCUCUAUUCACAAACACACAACAUCGUAUCCGUCGCAAAUAAACAUAACGAUAUAUAUACAAACCACGUUAUGCGGGAGGUGCGACAGCGAUUACAGGAAAAAACAUCGAGAAAAUGGGGUUGAAAAGGCGUCGUGAAAAAUUCACGAAUCAACCCCUACGAUGAUGAAAACAGGGCGCAACAAUCGAGGAAGAAAAGUACGUGAUUUAUUUACUCCGAAAGACUGGAAUAAUCGGGGAAGCGCAUUAGAGGAGAGUAACGAGUUCAGGGAGUGAGGAACAAGUGGAAAAUGAUGACUGCCAUGGCGAGGCUGCCUUGUAAGCAGCAAAGUUCAAGCACCCCCACGAGUCAGCAACAUCAAUCCAGACACAGCAAUAAUAAUAACAAUUCUAAUCAUUUCAACGAAGGCAGAGCUUAUUGGGGAAUGCAACCAACGAGCAGACAACCUGUCCCUCCACCCUACGUGAGAAAUCCGUCUCGACAACACGCUGACAAUACCGGCAAAAGAAAGAGCGCCGUUGAGCUGCUUCAGGAGUCCAAAGCGUUCUACGUCAAAAGUGAGAUUGUUCUCGACCGUAAACAAGAGUUGAAAAACAGUGGACACUUACAAGUCGCACCGUCUACUGCUCCGAGCGCGCCGCCCCGACUGUUACGAAAAUGUGGCAACCCUCUCGCGUGCAGCAUUCAACAACAGCAGCAGCAACAAAUAAUCCAACAAAGCUCCGUCUCGCCGCAACUGCCAAACGCCGCUGUAACGUCAGCCUGCUGUUGGGCCAAUUGCCGAGAUCAGGACAGACCCGAUGGUAUUUUGAGCCCCCAACGAACACUGCCACCUGCGCUGCCACCGAAGAGUCCACGAGCGAUACCGGUACCGCAGAGACGUGCCAUUUCCGGUCCACCUGGUACGACCGGUGGUGAUCAGUUGCAAACUAAAUUACGAAGAUUACUCAACACCGAUAGCAAAGAGAACGUUUUCUUUCCGGACAAUUCACCCAACGUUUUACAAUCGGCCAACGUCACGAUCGUUCGCGAUCACUCCUUCGAUAAAUUUCGAUAUUCAACGGCAAGUCCGUCGAUAGGUUGCCGCGACGAGGAUAGGCCUGUGUGCAACGUACCGUCGGACCUGAGAUUCAAAUUCGGUCGGAGCAAUUCACAUUCUCACACGUCCGGCAAGGCCAACAAAAAGUCGACGACAUCACCGCCCACGGAGGGCUCGACGGUCAUAUGUCACAAAUCAUUGCCGGAUCUUCACACGAGUGCGCGACGACGUGCUUCACUCUCGCCAAGGGCCUCGACAAAAUCGUUCUCAAAACCCACGGGAUCCGGUCGCGAACAACACCACCAAUCCACCGUCAAUUGUCCCGAUUGCGAAACGAGCUCGGAUUACUCCGAUCACAGUUUCAAACGCGACAGUGUCUGUUAUCGGAGUUCACGUCACAUCAGAAGAUCUCUAGGAUCAGGAGGCGGUGAUGCAAGCAGUGUACUUUCCUCGGGUGGGAGAACACAAAAGUCCUCGGGUUCGAGUAAACUUAGUCAUGGAGCAACAGCGAGAGACUCCGGUGGUUCAUCAGGUCACUGCACUCAUCGGAGCGAGCCGCCGCCACGAAUACAAGAUUGUUGGAGUCACAUUAGACGAGAUAGCGGAGCGUCAACCCAACAUUCCACGGAAAAAGAUCGAUCGAGAAAAGGUAGUUCCGGAAGCGGCAAUUCAGCCUCGGUCAUCAGAAAUUUAAGCCCCGAUUCCGAUAGCAGCAACAGCCAAACCGACUACAGCCCUACGUGCAACACGAGCAGGUAUUCGGACGGAUGGAAAGAGGGUCGUGGUCGUCCGAUAUUGCGUUCGAAAUCGGACAUAAGCGAUCGCUAUUGGCGAGUAUCUGUCGAAAAUGGUCGAGGUUUGAAAGUAGCAUCCCGUCCAGCAAGAUCGGUGAGCCAACUUGAGAAUUUCUUUGAUCGUUUGGGACUCGAUGCGGAGCAUUACGAGCUCAUAACCGAGCCCAAUUCGAAAACGUCAUCGCCUGUGUUCUUCGAGAGUGUCAGCUCGGUUGAUUCGGCACUCGGGCUUCAUCCUUGGACAGGAAACAGCCAAACAGCGAACAGUGGACCACAGUGGCAGAGUAAUAAUUGUAGCACGGGUAUGGGAAACGACGAGGCUAAUCAGAGGGUGAGCGACCCGCCGAGUAUCGUCGAGAGAAACGCCAGGAUCAUCAAGUGGCUUUGCCAAUGUCGUAAAGUCCAAUUUGGCUACAGUUAAACGAUUCUCGUCGGGACAAUUACGAACAAAAGAGGUACAAAAACAUUCGUUUUGAAGAACAACUCCCGUAUACUCGAGCACAGUUUUCUUAAAACUCUAUUUUCAAUAACGUCGUUUCUACUUUCGAAUGGAAGAGAUUCUUUCGUUGAUAUUGGAGAAAAUGUGCACUCUCUUACUACGACAGUGUUGAAUUUCGGAACGACUCCUCGAUUUUCGGAUAUUCGACGACGACGCAUAAUGUUUCCACAACUUACAGUCGUUAUUGCAUUUUCUUUGCAAAUGCCCUCGUGCCAUCUCUAUGUAUUAAUAGUUUUUAUUCGUUCUUUACUUUUUUAUCAGUAUGUUCAACCGUUUUAUUAAUUUUCUCAAUUUCUCGUCAAUUUCGCUUGUUCUUAUUCACGUUAUUCGUAAAUAACGUAUGUGGAUCAACGGUCGUUCGGGUUUGUCAUUCAUAGUCAAAAUAUGAGGAAUUUUUAGACACCGGAGGUCGUCUUUUUUAAGUUUCAAAUGACUCAACAAAAUUUUAGUGUUUUAUUUUUUUUAUUUUCAGAGAAUAUCUACGUUACGUUCAAUUGUAAUUUAUAAUAAUCGAGACUAUAUUGUAGUUGCCUCUUUAAACAGUGUUAUACGGAAUGUUUUCUCCAUCUCAAUGAACAACGGGAGAAAGAGGUUGAGGUUUGAUUAGAGAAGAAAUUUUCAUGUAGAAAUUUUAUGAGGGAAGUGUGUAAAUUGUAAAAGUAAACUCGCCUCAAAUUUGAGACAUGGCAAAGAGCGAGAGAACAAAAAAAUUAUAAAAUCGUUUGAGAUUGAAGUUCCGUUUAUAUUGGAUCGUUAUUACAAAAUUAAAUGAAUAUAUUUGCCGAUCGAACAAUUUAUACCUAUCACACGUUUCUCGUUGUCCGUUUUCUUUUUCUCCCGAAUUAUUGUGAUUCGUGAAAAAAUUUAGACAAUUAAUAAAAAGAGAAGAAAUAACGAUGCCUUUGAAUUUGCUGGUCUUCGUGAGAUAGCAAACGUUAAGAGAAGAAACACAGACUUACUAUUAAAUCUCAGAAAAUAUUUUGAAUUUAGGAAGAAAAGUUAAUCUCGGUUGUAAUCUGCGCAACGUAGAUGAAAUAUAUUGCGUGAUGACUCACGAGGCUGCCAUCUAGCAGGAUUCUUAAGAGAGAAACGAAUGAAAUGGGACAAAAUGGGAAAUCGAAGCUCGCAACAUUUCAAUUCGGCUUUUGUUUUUACACCUAUCCACUCAACAUCCGUACGUGUAUUUAUUCUCAUAAUAAGCGAACAACCUAGUCAUCGCGCAAUUAAAGAAAGAACAUCAAAUUUGCAAAUAUUUUUUUGUCCCAAUCGUACUUACACGAAAGAUGUACUUCUUAAACUCAAUACGGAUGAGAGACACGUGUGUACUUGAAAAAGCGUUUCGUUGUCUUGAUACAAUAAAAACAGUACAUUACGAAUGAGAUAUCCUUGUGAAUAAUUAUCAUUAUAAUUAAUAAAAUUAUUAUUAACGAAUAAUAUUGCUCUGAGCAUAAGAUAUAUAGAAUGCAAAUACACACGUUUACUAAAGUUCAAUCCUAAAUGGGAAUACGUCGUUCCAAUCGCAAUAUCACUGGCACGAAAUAUCUCAUUUUUAUAAUGCAAAUCUCACAUGGUAUCCCACAGAGACCAAACAAUAUCUCAAUUUAAUGGAAUGAAAAAGUCUCAUCAUUAUAGGAGACUAAUUAACUGAACUAAUUAACAUUCGUGAUUUUCUUCAUCCUCAGUAUUGAAUUUUUCCAUGAAAACGAGGAAAAAGAAUUGUUAAAAAAAAACGUUGAAAUGCUCCGAAUAAUCGAAUGUCUGAUCAAAAAUUUUCGUGUUUUUGUUAAGGGAAAAGAAAUUUGAAAAAUUGUUACUUUGUUUAUGAGUUUAUGAGAAACAAUCGAGUAGCAAGGAAAGACAUCGAAAUGAUGAACCUUCGUUAAUGUUACGAUUUGACACAACGCUAUAUAUAUUCUUGUACAAAAUUAUAUUAUUCUCGAAAUGAAUAAACAAAAAUAGGGAUCGAACUGUGCACAAGUACGGAUCUAUAUGAAUGAAUUUCGAAAAUUCUAGUUAAAUCUAUAUAUGUAUUCGUUCAUUGUUUGCAAGAAGCAUGUAGUUUGUACUUCAAAGUAAUUCCUGAAUUUUAUUAGCGAGGAAAAAAUGAAGAAUUUUAAACGAUACAGGUAUAAAAUUUCUGGUACCUACACUGUGUAGAUGAUCGGACGCGAAUGUUAACAAAAGAGUUUCAAGCAGAAUUACCAGGAACCUAUAUGAAUUCGUUACAAAUGCAACGAAAAUACUCUCGUUACUCGAUAAUGUCUCGUCUCAUGAAAAAAAAAGAAUCAAUUAUUUUAUCAUAAAAAUGUUCGUUGUCGUCUUGGACGAGGGUUUUAGCUUACUAAAAUUACCAAUCAAUCUAGAAUGAGCAAAUAUAUCUUCGAAAUUAUUUUUUAUUAUUCGUAAUUCUACUAUUGCGAGGGUAUAAUAUGGUCCAGUCAAAAAUUCUGAAAGUGUGAUUUCCCUUCGUACCGUUUGUCCGAACGAGCUAAAGAAGUGACAACGCUUUUGCCAUCGUCGUGCAUCGGACUGAAACUUUUUUUGUAAUCGGUCAAACCGUGUGCCGGGAAUCUGCAAAUUGAAAAAUUCGAGAUGCCCAAGUUGACUGAUCCAUACCCUCGACUGUUCAACGAUGUUGAAUCAUCCGGGAAAAAAUAUACGAAAAAAAAAACAAUCACAGGCACGUUUCGUUGUUGAGAUAUGAAUGAUGAGCUCCAAACACGCCCAAAAUUUGUACAUGUAAAUUCAUUACAAUCGUUAGUAUACGCAUUUAACAAACAAACAAAAUUAAGCAUUAAAGUGGUACGAGUCAUUCAAUAAAAACGACUCGAAAAAUUACAAAAGGCAUUUAUUAAAUUAUAUAUAAAUAUAUAUUUAGCAUGUUGACCAAAUACCUAUUAGAGAGAAACUUUAUUGUAUUUUUAGGACAACGAAAUCUCACCCACUGUGAAUUUUUAAGAGAUUUUGGACUUGAAUUGUACUUCUGCGAUUAUUCUGCCUGCGCUUAUCUUAUUUUAUGUUACUACUUUUUUUUUCUAUUCAAUUAUCAUAUAUGAUACUUGUUUUUUACAUUUGGUUGUGCUCCUAUGUGGGACGACUAAUGUUACGUGGUCAUCGAUUUGCUUAUUCAAAAUAUGACCUAAAUGGAGUUUAGCACCCAGAAGAAGAAUUUCGUCAACCAAUUAUUCAUUUUUACCGAAAUCUUUUAAAUGAUUGUUCGUUCGAAACACAUAGACUUCAAAUCCUUAUCUCGAUGGACAUUUAUAGAAAAUUUUUUCCAUUGUUCUUACAAAACUUGAUUAAACUUAAAAAAAAACAUCGAUAAAUUGAAGAACGGAGAAUUGUCCUUGAAAAAGUAUACUCAAAUAACUAGAAGUUCAAGAAAUCUUUUUCUCUGUCCAUUGAUCGAAAUAUCUUACACCAGUACUGUUUCGAAAUUUUAACGUGUUGCCCGCAGAUUUCAUUAUUGCCCAAACUCUGCUUGUAUUAGGUACUUUUGCAAUAAGCAAUCGACUGAACGACUUCACUGUCACGUUACAAUUACAUAGAAUGAUACGUGUAUAUAACAAAACAAACAUAAACAAAAAUAUACAUGUAAAAUCCAUCAGACCGCAUUAUUCCUGUGGUCAAUUUACUUAGAGCUAUUUCUAUACACUAAAAAAAACAAAAAGAAAACUGAACAUUGUGAUUAGUAUGACGAACAUCUGGAAAAAUAUAUAUUCACAGCGAAACGAACGAAAGAAUGGAAAAACUUAUGAGAAAUUGCUUUUUUUUUAUAAUCUAGUCAAGUAGAAAAAAAAAUAUAUGUAUAUUACGUUCUGAAUGAUCGAAAAUAUAUGAUUUUAUCUGAA